CGCAGGCGCAGAGGCCGGAGGCUUGCAAUGCGCAUGUGCUGCAUCAGGAUGCGCACAGACGUAGUCUCUGGGCGCCAGUGACCGCGCGGGAACAUGGCCGAGUCCGGGCUGAAGUCGGUGCUGUUCGUGUGUCUGGGUAACAUUUGCCGGUCACCCAUAGCAGAAGCAGUGUUCAGAAAACUUGUAACUGAUCAAAACAUUUCCGAUAACUGGGCCAUUGACAGCGGUGCUGUUUCCGACUGGAACGUGGGCCGGGCUCCAGACCCAAGAGCUGUGAGCUGUCUAAGAAAUCAUGGCAUUAGUACAGACCAUAAAGCAAGACAGGUCACCAAAGAGGACUUCGCAACAUUUGACUACAUACUAUGUAUGGACGAAAGCAAUCUGAGAGAUUUGAAUAGAAAAAGUAAUCAAGUUAAGAACUGCAAAGCUAAAAUUGAACUACUUGGGAGCUAUGAUCCACAAAAACAGCUCAUCAUUGAAGAUCCCUAUUAUGGGAGUGAGUCCGACUUUGAGCUGGUGUACCAGCAAUGUGUCCGGUGUUGCAAAGCCUUCUUGGAGAAGGCCUGCUAGGGCUGGCCAGGCCCCACCGCUAGACCACACUCGUCCCACCCAGCUUCGCCCUCUCCUGUGCCCAAGCCCGAGGCCCCACCUGUUUCUCCAUAGGACUUACCGUUUCCUGUGUUAAAAAUAAUUGUAGAUGCAGAUCUGCUGUAUUGCAGAAGAGUAAAUAAAUAUGCUUGAUUUGAUGUUUCAGGGGUAUAGUACGUUUUCUUAGACUAGUUGAACAUCCCACUUCACCCUACUUAUAGAACAGUGAAAUAAGCAAAUAUAGAACAGCAAGACAGCACAAUGGAGCAAGAAUGACCCAAAGGCCCAGAUCAACCUCUUAGCCCAGGAGGACCUAGACAGUCUCUACUACCUCAAGUGAGUAUGUGGAUGGUGCCCUCUGCUCACCUGUGUACCUCUCCACCUGGGUCCCUACCAGAGUUACAGCAGCCCAUCCGCAGCAUCUCUUCCCCGACAGUAACAGUGUUUUAGCUCAUGCACAUUCAUUGUGCACAUUUGUAUGCAUGUGAUCAAAUAAUGCAGUGAAUGUCUAAACUUUAAAAAAAAAUUACAGUAAAGGACAUAUUACCAUGAAUUCCUCUCAAAAUCUUCUCCUUGCUUUGGACACACUUAUCCCAUUGUUCUUGCCACUUUCUGCAGCAGCUGUAGAGUCCUCUUUCCUGCAUGUCUUCACUUGAGCUGUCCUGGCUGCCUUGAUGCCCCGAAUUCAUUGAAAACAUUGCCCUUUCAUUGUCAUUUUGACUUUAGGAUGAGCCAGAGGUCACACAGUACCAGAUCAGGUAAAUAAGGACACACUCAUGUUUUUAGGAGCUGCCUUUCCAUUGGAUGGUACUUGGCAGCAGCGUUCACUGUAGCUUUGAUCACACUUUGUAAAGACAUGAAAGAGAUUUGCAGAACUGCUUCAGAAAGGGGCAAGAACUUUGGGAUAAGAGUGUUUGAAGCUGUGGAGUAUUUUGGAGGGGAUUCAUGGAAGUAUGUCUUACUGUAAUUUUUUCUUUAAGCAUUCACUGUAUUUUGAUCACACUUCCUAUAUUUAAGAUAGGAAAGAGAUGUUAGUAGAAUUGUUGGUUUAGUAGCUGUUGGUUUUGUCUAGUUUAUGAGGAGGUCUGCUUAUCUGCUGCCACUUAAACCACUGUCCUUUAAAAAUUUAGUUCUGUCCAAAGAGAACAACGCUUGUAAGCAGGUAACUUAUGAGCAGUUGAGGGGUAUGUCUGUUUUAUAUGCACAUGUAAUCUAGAUGUCAAAUACAUAUUGGCUUAGGUAUGAAAAAAGUAACUUAAAAAGUUGAAAGUUUUAUUACAUUUGUAUCCGUAAAUAUUGAUUUGUUAAUAAGAAAGUUAUAGGCAAAUAUAGGUAAUUUCAUUCUCAAAUUCAAAUGGAUAUCAGAAAAGAUGGCUUUCAAAAUAAACUGGGAUGUUAUAAAAGUACAA